AUGAAUCAAGCUAUUAAUAUUGCAUCUAAAUUGAUUGACUCUGAUACUAAUGUAUCAACUAUUGACUUAAAUUUAUUACAAAAUCUUAAUACUAACCAAUCAUUAAACUACAUAAAACUGGAAAAGAAUUUAAAUGAAUUAGAAUUAAAUGCUAAACAAUUACAAUUAUUAAAACAAGAAUAUGAAAGUCAUUCAAAAGAAUUAAUAGAAAUUGAAAAUAAACUUGAAAAAUUAGAAGAAAUUACAAAUGAGCUUGAAAAUUGGACAAAAGAAUUGGAAAAUUAA